AUGGUGGGGCCGGUGCUUCGCUCUCUCUGGUCCUCCACCCGAAACUCUUUCUCUACCUCAGCUUCAUCCAUUGCUCCCAAACCGUACUUACUGCCCCCACCCGCCUCAGCACUCGCACGCGCCUUCUCGGCAGCCACUGCGGCCUCCGAUGCUACUUCACCGAGCAGCGCGCUGAAUCCAAGCCGGCUCCGCAACGUGGCGGUAAUAGCUCAUGUUGACCACGGCAAGACCACGCUCAUGGACCGCCUCCUCCGCCAGUGCGGGGCCGACAUCCCCCAUGAACGCGCCAUGGACUCUAUCAGCCUGGAGCGGGAGCGCGGCAUCACCAUCGCCUCAAAGGUUACAUCAAUUCCGUGGAAGGAGUAUGAGCUCAACAUGGUUGAUACGCCUGGACACGCAGAUUUUGGUGGUGAAGUCGAGCGGGUUGUUGGUAUGGUUGAGGGGGCAAUUUUAGUUGUUGAUGCUGGGGAAGGUCCGCUUGCGCAGACAAAGUUUGUACUUGCGAAAGCCUUAAAAUAUGGGCUGCGACCUAUUCUUCUUCUAAACAAAGUUGAUCGUCCUGCAGUUUCGGAAGAGAUGUGUAAUGAAGUUGAGAGUUUGAUAUUCGAUCUUUUUGCGAAUCUUGGUGCUUCAGAGGAGCAGCUAGAUUUUCCUGUGCUGUAUGCUUCUGCUAAGGAAGGUUGGGCUUCCACCACUUACACCAAAGAUCCACCUGCUGAUGCAAGAAAUAUGUCACGGCUGCUUGAUGCCAUUAUAAGUCAUGUUCCUCCACCAACAGCCAAUCUUGAGGCACCUUUCCAGAUGCUGGUUUCCAUGAUGGAACGAGACUUCUACCUUGGACGAAUAUUGACUGGACGGGUUUCUUCUGGCAGCAUUCGUGUUGGUGACAGAGUUCAUGGGCUGCGUCACAAAGAUUCUGGGGUUGAGAAAAUUGAAGAAGGGAAGGUUGUGAAACUGAUGAAAAAGAAGGGAACACAUAUGGCCCUAAUUGAUAGUGCCGGAGCUGGUGACAUAGUAUCCAUGGCUGGGUUGGGAAGUCCAUCUAUUGGCCAUACGGUUGCAAACGUUGAGAUUAUGAGUGCAUUACCCACCGUUGAGUUGGAUCCCCCAACUAUUUCCAUGACUUUUGGUGUUAACGAUUCUCCAUUAGCUGGUCGUGAUGGUACCCACCUCACUGGAGGAAAAAUUGGUGAUCGGCUAUCAGCUGAAGCGGAAACCAAUCUUGCCAUUAAUGUUCUUCCAGGCUUAUCAGAAUCAUAUGAAGUUCAAGGGAGGGGAGAGCUUCAACUAGGUAUUUUAAUUGAGAAUAUGAGGCGGGAAGGCUUCGAGCUGUCUGUCUCACCUCCCAAAGUCAUGUAUAAAACGGAGAAUGGUCAAAAGCUUGAGCCAAUUGAAGAAGUUACUAUUGAGGUAAAUGAAGAGCAUGUCGGGUUAGUUAUGGAAGCCUUAUCUCAUAGGCGAGCUGAGAUUGUUGACAUGGGUCCUGUUCCAGGAAGUGUUGACAGGACUAGAUUGUCUUUGACAUGUCCAUCAAGGGGUCUGGUUGGUUACAGAAGCGUGUUUAGCAGUGACACACGUGGAACUGGAUUUAUGCAUCGCGCUUUCUUAACCUAUGAAAAAUACAGAGGUCCUCUUGGAAAUGUCAGGAAAGGAGUGUUGGUGUCAAUGGGCUAUGGUACAAUCACAGCCUAUGCGUUAAUGAGUUUAGAACCUCGAGGAACUCUUUUUGUGAAUCCUGGCAUGGAGACAUAUGAUGGCAUGAUUGUUGGCGAACAUUCGAGGGACACAGAUCUAGAUGUCAACCCUGUAAGAAAUAAGGAACUUACAAAUGUGCGUGCUGCAAGCAAGGAUGAGAAUGUGAAACUAGCUCCUCCUCGCCUUAUGACUCUUGAAGAAGCGAUAGGCUAUGUAGCCUCUGAUGAGCUUAUUGAGGUUACACCAAAGGCCAUUCGGUUAAGGAAAAAAUAUAUGGACGUUAACAAGCGUAAAAGCAUGAGUAAACGGCAAAAGGAAUAA